AUGUGCCCCCACUGGCAUGAGCUUGCAGCAGUUGCGCAUGGACCCCUCAGCAGGUUCACCUGCAGACAGAAGAUUGGAUUCGUUCCGAGCAAAGCACCAUUCCAGUCGCGGUUCACGGCCGAGUCAGCCUUGAUUUUGGCUGCGGCGGACUAUGCGGGUGCCGUCUUGUAUGCGGGCGCCGUCUUGCAUUUUAAUUACUAG